UGUUUUAGUCUGAAUGGUCCAGGGAAGUCGUCUAGACGACAGGAUCGAUGAAGAUGAUCUGGGAGAACCCUGUGCAGAGAAACAAGGGCUUUCGGGGCUCUGCUGGGCAUGCAAGCUGGUAAUGAAGAAGUUGAAAAGGAUCCUCGGACCAAAUGCAACUGAAGAGAGAAUCACGACAAAGCUGAACGUUAUCUGCAAUGAGCUGGGAUUGCUAAAAUCAAGGUGCCACAGAUUUGUUGAAAAACAUUUUAGUGUCCUAGUUAAAGAACUGACAACCAAUGACGACGUGAAGACAGUUUGCAUCAAAAUACGAGCAUGCCGGUAG